AUGCGACAGGAUGGCUCGUUGUCAAACGAGGUUGAUAAGUCCCUCAUUGCGAAUUGGCUGGUUUCUAACUCUGUCUGCCUUACUGCCAACACAACUUCCCGUCUCGUUUCAAUCCUUGUCGGUGAUAUGCAAUUAACAAGAGAUGCAAUCAACAAGAGACUCAGCGUGAAGGUGGACAGAUAG